AGACUCAUGGGACUGCGAUGUUAAUGGGGUGUGCAAAAUGGCGGCGAAGGAAUUCAUAUUCAGCGAAAAUGAAACGGGAGUUCCUGGUUUGCCUCUUUAGCGAACGUGAUGGCGGCAGAAAUUGGUGAAGUAGAACUAGAGGACGGGGAAAUCAAUGAUUUAGAGGAUGGCGAAAUAGACGAAGAUAUACUUCAUGUCGCGGAAUCGAAAAACAGUGUUUUCUUGCCUCUAGAACGUCGCUGCCAACGCGACUCAUUUGUACGUGAUCAACACUUAAAUGAUAAUUCCUACGCAGAGAAAAACCGAGAUUUCGGUUUUCAGGGUUCUAGCCCUCCACCUGACAGGUGGGAAACUCGCGGUGUGUCUUCUUCUCGGGGAAGAUUUCCGCGAUCCCGCGCAAGUGCAACGGUGAGAGGAAGCAGAACAAGAGGAAGAGGUUUUCGUGGAACUGGACGACACAUGAUAUCCACGGGACGAGGCAAAGCUUUCCCUGCGAAGAGAGGCAGUACGCGUUCGCCCUUUCCUCAGAGACCUAACUUGCCACAUCCCCCUCCUGAUGAAAGACUAAGGCCUCCAUAUAAUAUUAUUGACAAAAGAGUGCUACCACAUCCUGAUAAUGAAAAAGAAAGGUUGCCAUAUUCUCCGCCUGACAUCCGAUCAUGGACUCCACACCUUGAAGAGAGGGGGCUGGGUUAUUCUGAUACUGAUCGGCCAAUACUGCCACAUACAUUCCCCUUUGAUAGGGAGAGAGUACCUCUCAUGGAGUUGGAAGACAAAUCCAGAUCAUCACAUAAUGAAAAGACAAAUUCUGAUCCUGUAGAGCUCGAUGAACAACCCAGAAGAUUACCAUCUCCUUUGGACGAUGAUGUUGAUGAUUACAGGAUCUUACUGCAGCGACAUCGCCUUAUUCAACAACAUCUUGCUGCUCUUGAGAAUCAAGAAAAUUCAACUUUGGGAGAUGAUAAUAUCAUUGACGACACUUUUGUAGAUAUUCCAGUUGAGGAUACACAAUCUGAUUUGUUGCUUGAAAAAGAAAAAAACUUAGAAACAUUUAGUGAUCACCUUGGUCAAACUUACCAAUUAGAUUAUAGGAGGCAAGAUGAUUUCCAGUCACAUGAAGAUGUGAAUUUAGCAUACUUUGAAACCAGCAGUGAAACUAAUGAUUUUGAUAAAAGAAAUGAACAAAUGGAUAAUGAAAUGUCUGGUGAAACUGGGACACCAAAACCAUUUCUGCCAUUUAAAAUUAAACCACGCUAUGGCAAUGUUCCUUCUAUCAAAGAAUUGAGCCAACAAGAUCUCGAACAGAGGAAGGCAAAGCAGCAAAGCACAACCAAGGGUAAUGGUUCAGAAAAUAGUCAAACUCUGUCACAGAAUAGUAAAAGAGAGAAUCUUUCAAAAGUCAAGAAGAAUCGCAGAAAAAGGAAAAGAAAGGUAUCACAAAAUGCAAGACAGAGUAACAUAAACAGUCGACCAGUUGGAGCUACUGCAUCCAACCAAAGCUCACAUGUUGAUCCUUAUAAUGAGCUGGAAGCAAGGCUUUUGUCUCUAGCAGGAAGCUCUGUUUCAGUCGAACCAAACAGAGAGGAUGCCAACAAAAAACGAGAAAGACGUGAAAAGCUCCGUCAGUGGCAAGAAAAAAUGAGUAGGGAGAAAUCUUCAGAUCUGAGAAAUCAACAACCUGGAAACAAAGGACGAGGAAAAAAGAAAUUAUCAAAACCAACCAAAGAUGACAAGAGAAGGUCUAGCUUUCAAAGUAUGAAGUCAGAUGAAGACCAGAAAGACAGGGAUCCACACAGAAGGACAAUGAAUUCUGCCAUCUUUGAGAGUGAUGACUACUUUGAGAUACCCAUGGAUGUAGAAAGUGAUUCAACAGAUGGCCCAGCCCUUCCACUGAUAGAUGAGUCAGCUGAAGAUUUCCCUCCACCACCGCCGCCAUUACCCAGUGGAGACCCAGCAACUUCUCUUUAUGUUGAACCUGGGCAACAUCCUGUAAUGGUGUAUCCUCCAGAAUAUUUCCCCAUGGAACAGAAUUACACUGAUUGGUUGGGUGGUGCAGUGCAGAUAAUGCCAGCAACACAUGAUGACCAGCAGUUUCAAUAUGGAGAAUUUACAAGCCAUGAAUCAUAUCCUGCUGAGAUUGAACGAAAUAAUGAACAGCCACCGGGUGAGAGCAGGGAUGCGUCAAGUCAGGAUAAUUCUGAUGAAGAUGAUGAGGCAGCCCUUAGGGAGCAGCUACUGAAAUCCUUAGCAGUUAAACGGAAGACUAAACUGGAUGUUGGGAAGGAUGCAAGCUCUUCAAUAAGUAUGUCAGUAACCAGAAACCAGGGAAUGCAGUCGGCAAAUACAGCAGCUAACAACAGAGUGCAUCAAACAAAACAGCAACAGACUUCUAAACAGGUAUCAUUUGUCGCACCUCCCAAGCAUGAUCCUGUGGUGAUUAAGCUGGGUGAGGAUUCUGACUCAGAUGAGUCAGAUGCGUCAGAUGCAGAACCCGCCAAAAAACCAGCAUCUAAAUGCUCUGGAGGUGGAGGCUUAUUUGGAGGACUAGAAAUGAUGAUCAAGGAGGCUCGCAAGUCUGCUGAGGCUUCUAAAGUGAAAGGGACAGCGUCACCACAGGCAACCGAUACAGAACACCAAGACAAUGAAGAACUACCACCGGAACCAAAGACUCCAGAUGCAAUGGCCCACAUGCCUGAACAAAUGAAGACUGAGUACAAGAAGCUGAAGGAACAGUUAGCACUGCGUGAGAGUAAAACAAGGCAGCCACUUACUACUGUUAAUCAAGAAAAAGUAGACAGUUCUCCAUUGGUAGAAUCUGAGGAUCAGGUACAAAAUGCGACAAGAGAUGACGACAGUCACUUGAAAGAUCUAUACUGUUUUGUUACAGGCUGUGAAGAACACUUGUCCAAACACAAGAAAGUCAUUGAGAAAGACAAAGGCAUCCUGAAUAAAAUGGUGACAGAAUUGAUUGACAAAAAGCGAUCCCUUGCAGCCCAGGAAGAAAUUGUGCGCAAACUUCAACGGGAACUUGAAGCUGCACAGAAAGUUACCCUAGCCAACAGAAUGCUUGUAAGCAGGCUACAAAGUAAGACAAAGCUGGUAAAGGAGAGAAUCGGGGACAAGCAGCUGGCAGCAAGUAAUUUUGAAGAGGAGCUUUUAAGAGCUAAAAGUAUUAUUUCGGCAGUGAAAAGAAAAAUGCCUAUUGCAGGCAAUACAGGAUCUGGAAGAAACAGUCCUCAAGUCGAAUCAUCGGCUAGUGUCAGUUAUGAAAACCAGAAGUUUACAAUCACUUUUUCCACUGCUCAGGAAAUUAAAAACUCACUAGAUGCAAAGCUCAACAAACUAUCCUCUUCGACAAAGCUGGAAAACAGAGAGAAAAGGAAACUGGAGGGUGCCAGUGAGUCUUCAUCAGAAGAAACUGUGGCCAAAAAACAAAAAGGUGUUGCUCAGGGAAGCCCAGUUUCAUCAGCACCCAGCACUCCGAGGAAGUCCGCCACAGCUGAACGUAUCGCUCAAGAAAAAGCCAGGCUUAAAAAACUGGAGCAUGAGCUGUCAGAAAAGCUAAGGUUAUAUUCACACAGUAGACAGGAGGAUGAAGGGAAAAGCCAUUCUUCAGUGUCACCAAAGAAACCAUCACAAAAUAACAAAGACAUUUUUGAUGUCACUGGAACUGAAAUAGAGGAAAAACAGCCUGGUCCAGAUGCUGCAAUUAGUGAUAAUUCAACUCACGCUUUAUCAGAAAGACAGGAUGUGGAUUCAGAGCAGAGUAAUCAGUUGUUAGAAAGACAGGGAGCAGUUGUCUCAACUAAAGAUAGUGAAAGUGCAGAGGCAAUGGAGUUAAACAUCAAUGCCCAGCAAAUGGAACGUAUCAGAAAAUUGCAGGCUGAGAAGGAAAAGAAAGUUCCCCAGUUUUCUGCCUCCGAUCUUGAUGACAUCCCAUUAACAGCUCAUCAGCGCUCUACACUUUGUGUUUGCUUGCCCUUUGGCUGUGAGCUUAAAAGCGUUGUGACAGACCAAGACGCUGGCGGCCUGUGUGGAGAGGAACACAAAGGCACCGGAACUGUAACAAGAGUGAUCACCAGAGGAGAUGGUGAUGAAGUUUUGUUAUGUCCUUUGGAAAAGUACCAGAGUCAGCUAUUACACUUGAAAUCUUACAGAUUGAGCCCAUAUUUCAGAAUCCAAGGUGGAUAUUCUCUAACAUCUCUCACAUUCUCAAACAAACUGAAUCCUCUCUGGCCUUUGUGCAACUUUGACCUGCAAGGCAAGUGUAAUGAUGAGGACUGUAAAUUCCAACACGUCAUUACAUGUAAGCUUUCUCAGGAAGAAAUGCUCCAGGAUCUGGCCGCAUACGACCCAAACCUCACAGUGGAUUGUAAAGACUUGAAGGAAGUGCAUGAGCAUGUGGAAUGUUUCACAAAGGCUUUUACAAAACAAUACCAAGGCAAGAUGUCAUGGGAUGAACUUUGUAUAUUACUGGUUAAUGAAGUUAGAAAGCACAGGAAAGGGAGUGGACCUUUUAAUGUUUCUCUUCAACCUCGAGCCUGGCAGUUGCCACAGACAGAAAAGAGACAAGUAGAAUACAUGGAGGAUGACAGUGCAGAUGACAUAGGCAAGGGGAUUGUUUUCUCUAGGAAAGAUCAGUUGUAUGAUGCAGUUUCACAACCAAGAGAGGCUGUGAGAAAUCAAACAAGGCCUGCUGGUGAAGAAAGUCAAGAAAUACGCUACUUUUUGGAAGAGUACAAUAACAUUGAAGCUCUUGAAACAUCACUGGAAGAUUCUCCUGGUGACAUAGCUUUGUGGACCAAGCUAGCUAGGUUAAAACUUCAUCAAAACAGUGAUGAUACCCAUGCUGAGAACAAUAUUAGGCAGGCACUCAGCACACUUGCAAGGGGAUUAGAAGAGAAUGCACAGUCAGAGGAAUUGUGGUUAGAGUACUUGGAGCUGUAUUCCUCACAGAGCAACAGAGAUGAGCUCAGAGAGAUCUGUGACCAAGCUGUGGAAUUUUCACCAACCUACAGUGUUUGGUGGAAGUACCUGGAGUAUUCACAGACAUACCAUGACAAGAGGACAGUUUGUUUACGUUUAAUUUCCUUCCUCACAGGGAACCCAGGAGAUGCAGGAGAAUUUCACUCCCACUGUAUUCUUGAAACACUGCUUUAUCUUGUACAACUAGAACUUUAUUCUGGACAUUACAAGUCAGCGCUGGCUGUGUUUAAGGCAGCUAUAGCUAAGAAACCCAGCAGUUGCAAAGAGGUCCCGGAAUUGUCCAACCAUCUGUUGCCUUCUGACUUUUGUUUGGCCUGGUUGGCAUAUAUCCACGUCUUUGAGUUUCACCGACUUCCUGCUGCUUGGUUUGAUCCCCGGCAUGGCAAGCCGUCUAGGAUGGUCACAAAAGAAGACUUUGUGUUUCCAUGGAAACCAUCUCAACAAUCUAGAGCUCCUGGGGAGAAGCUGCUGGUAAUGUUUCAAGAUGCAUUAAAAGCUUGCAGUGUCCUAGCAAAAUCUUCCUCGGACAAACCCAGUAUUUGCCUUCCAUUGUACAAGAACCUCAUCGCCCUGGAGAGAGCUUACGGCAGAAUCGACUCUGCCAGAGGAAUCAGUCGCCAUCUACUGAAGGACAAUUCCUCAGCGGUAGUACUGUGGCUGUGUCUAGCAGCCCUUGAAGACUCCACAGAGAAGAGCAGAGAAGCAGAGCAGGUGUACCUAGAAGCACUAGACAAGUGCAAGGGUCAUGCCGAGUUAUCGUACAGUGCGGCGCGGUUUUAUCUGGAGCAGAACGAAACUGAGAAAGCAGUGUCAGUUCUUGUGAAAUGUGUUCGUCACAAGUUCGCAGCAGUGAAUGCACCACAGGACAGUCAAACACACAGCUUGGCCACUGUCUCUUCAGAUGACCAAAGUGCCGAUCCUGUGGCACUGUAUCGCAGGCUGCUGUCACAGCCACUCCCAUAUGACUACAAGUGCCCUCCUCUGAUGCCAGGUGUUAACUCACAGAGCCUGGGUCGAGAGAAGCUCUUUCUCUGGUUGUCUUACUGCUUGUUACUGGAGAUAUCACCGCCAGCCACCUCCAUGUGGGACAGUCUGUCCGCAGUGUCAGCAUUUGAGACAGCUGUGCAUAGUCCUCUGGAGAGACAAGACAUACAAACGCUGUGGACUGAAUACCUAUUCUACCAGAGAUCAAAAGCCUUGCAAAGCACGCAGUCCAUGGAUGAGUUAAUAAACAGGUGUUUAAUGUCGGUCAGCACACACAGCUCCUUGCCUCAUUCUUCAAGCGCUGUUUGGCAGGAUUACAGAUUUCACAAUCAGAUCAUCAGUAUAUCGUUAAGCUGCCAUCCACAGUCAUCGUGGUCAUCUGUCUUUAAAACUUACUUGAGGCUUUUUCCUGGGAGUGUCAGCUUAGCAUUGCGGGCUUGCAAACACGAGAUGGAGAAGAAAAACCUCGAUCAAGCCAAGAGGAUCAGUGCUCAUUUCCUUUCGGAAAAUCCCUACAGUAUUAGCAUGUGGAAAGUGGCCAUUUCUAUCGAGCUGCAGAGAAACUGUGUCAAGGAGGCACGCAAGAUGUACCAACAGGCCACCGAGAUUUUACCAUUCGCCGCAACUCUUUGGAAAGAUUUUUUGAUGUUCGAGCUUGCUCGGAGUGGCAAUGGCCGUGCUGUUCAAGAGAUUCUGGUUAAUAGUCGGCAUAUAGGUGUCGAACUCGAGGAAUUUUUGAACACUCUCUUGGGCAAAUGAGAGUGUUCUAAUCAUGCGAACGCAAUCGUUGCCAGACUUAACUGUUUUGAAAGGUACGAUUGCGAAAAUUGCCUUGCUCAAAGCUUGUGAGCGGGACAUACACAGGACUCUGUGUAAAUGAACUUUUGGUCUCAAAAAAAAAUGUUUGGUUACAGUUAACUCCAGCUUGGCAAGGUAGGCGUUAUUUUAAAUGCACUAUCCGUCCAUAGCGAAGGAAGCUACUUAUUUAUAGACUGCUUCAAGGGUUUUUGUGUUGAUUAGGAUAACAAUGAUGGGCCGGACAAUCCCAAAUUGAUAGUAAGUUACUUGAGUGAAAAUUAGUUUUCGCUGCAAUGUCGCAUUUUUCAUAAAUUGUUUGGCUUCCACCGGUUUUUUAAAGUUUUCUUACCUGUGCAUAUAUACUGUAGUAUUUUUCUUACAAAAUGAGACUGUCGCCUGUACGAAACGAUUGGUGCAAACACUAGUGAUUUAAAUUCUUAUGACAAACUUCAGUUGUUUGUCAGCAGUAUAUGAAUUGAUUAUUUUUGAUGGCUAUUCCCUAGAGGUAUAUUGCUAUAAUUUAUUAAAGAAAACAGGAAUAGAUUGUUUUAUUGUUCUGGUAUUUUGAUUUAUUCAGUACAUUGUAUUCGUUUGUUCAUCUGUGCUCUGUUUGUAUGUCUUGCGUGUUACGUUGGUAUGUCUCGGUUUCAAGGCAGUAGCUGGCUGGGGUUGUAGUUCAACUACGAGGGUACUCGUUAAAUAAGUAGCCGGCCGAAUGGUUCGCUUCCUACCGGUUCAGUUUCUCCUGUUGUGUUCUUUAAUUGACAAAAUUAUUAUUAAUGUCUUUUUUGGCUGUUGUUUAUGCUGCUUGGUGUGUAUUUAGGUCUUUUGGUUGUUUGUAUUUUUGAAGUGCUAUUCAAUGAAUAGCUCUAGUGAGUACAUAACACUUUAUGUGAGUUCCUUUUGUUUGUUUAUUUUGUUCUUCAUUCAGAAUACCUCUUAAUGCUUACGUAAGCACUAUAAAUCCCCAUUUCCCAUUUAACGAGUACAGUCUGUACGUGGAAAAUGCAAGUAGAAGUAGAGAUUCUACAGUCGGUAGUCAGUCUAGCAGUCAGUCAAACAGUCGUUUAAUAGUCAGUCAGUUAGUCAUCAGACAGUCAGACAGUCAGUCAGUGAGUUACUCAGUCAGUCACUCAGUCAGUCAAACAGUCAUUUAAUAGUCAGUUAGUUAGUCAUCAGACAAUCACUCAGUGAGUCACUCAGUCGUCACUCAGU